AUGGCCGUUACUCAAGAGACGGCCGAACCAGAAGUCUACAUUCAAAACACCUCCCCUAGACCAAAAAAGUCAAUUGGGAAGCGUGUAAUUGGUGUUCUCUGGGAUUCGCUGGAUGACAAGGAUCCAGAAGAGCACCAGCUGGUGCGCAGGCUGGAUUCGUUUUAUCUAAUCUGGGCUUGUUUCUACUAUUUUGUCAUGUAUCUUGAUUCGACAAAUAUUUCUAAUGCAUAUGUCAGCGGUAUGAAAGAAGAUCUCGGCAUGUACGGCAAUCAAUUGAAUUGGAUGACCACUUUCUGGACCAUUGGAUACAUUGUCGGUACACUCCCUUCUCAAUUCAUUCAAAUGCGCAUUCGCCCAUCCGUAUGGCUUCCAACUCUGGAACUUAUCUGGGGAGGCCUUGUAAUGUGUAUGGCCGCUGCACCCAAUGUGAAAACAAUCUACGGCAUCCGCUUCCUCGUCGGCAUAUGCGAGGCAUCUGCAUAUCCAGGAAUGAUGACACUUCUCGGUAAUUGGUAUACGCCACAAGAGCUGGGUAAAAGAUCAGUUAUUUUCCAGCAGAGUUCUGCCGCUGCACAGAUGUUCAGCGGCUUUUUGCAAGCGGGAAUAUACAACGGAAUGAACGGUACAGGCGGGCUGAAGGGUUGGAGAUGGCUGUUCAUUUUCGAUGGAAUUAUUUCUAUUCCUAUUGCAAGUGUAGGCUUUUGGUUAAUCCCCGACGCCCCAUCGAAUUCGAAAGCCUUUUAUCUUAGAGACGUCGAUAAGAGAGUUGGUAAGGCUCGAAUGGUGCGUGCUGGGAGAGCAGAACCAAAGGGCAUAACAUGGAAGACGCUGAAAGAAGCCUUGUCUCACUGGCCAAUCUACGUGUUUGUUCUUCCUUAUAUCGCAUUUGUUCUUGCCCUGCAUAUCGCAUCGUACAUGAAUCUCUGGCUCAAGUCUCUCGACAUAUAUUCAGUUUCAAAGAUCAACGUGAUUCCUUCUGGAGGAUAUGCUAUCGAAAUCGUCACGGCGCUUAUCUUCGCCGUUGCUUCUGAUGCGCUUGGUGUUAGAUGGCCUGUCAUCAUGGUAGGCGCCACAUUUGGCUUAGUGGGUGGCAUCCUGUUGUCUGUAUGGGACAUUCCUUUUGGCGCGAAAUACUUCGCAUGGUACCUGACUUUUGUGCCUGUUGGAACCGGAGCAUUGCUGUUUGCAUGGGGUAAUGAAGUCUGUGGGGACAGUGCUGAGGAGCGAGGUAUCCUUCUCGGAUGGCUGAAUACCAUGGGCUAUACAUUCAAUGCCUUCGUACCGCUAUAUGCCUAUCCAGCAAGCGAAGCUCCCAAUUACAAGUCUGGCUACAAGGUGAAUGCGGCAUUGUGGGGUGUAUAUCUACUCGGAAUUCCUGUCAUUUUAUGGUUUUCAAAGAAUUUCCCACUUAAUAGACAAAAGAAGGAUGACUCGGAGCAGGCAGUCAAUUACGUUGAUGCAAUGGGGAAAGAAGACGAGCCUGUGGAGACUAUAAAGGAACUCUGA